AUGUCUCGUCAACCUUCGCAGGGCCAUCGGCCAUUAUCCCUCACUGAGGAGCUUGAGAAAUUGGAACAGUCUAUUACCCUUACACUCCAAGAGAUCGACCACAAUUUCAGCCAAGCUCAUCGAAUAGUGACCACGAGCAUAUUGCCUCUAGUAGAGCAAUAUACUGAGCAUUCCCGAGAUGUUUGGGAGGGUUCCAAGUUCUGGAAGCAAUUCUUCGAAGCGAGCGCCAAUGUGUCUCUAUCUGGAUAUGAAGAAAAGAACGACGAAGAGGAAACAGUGCAGGAUACGACAGCCACGGAGGAAGAGUUGUCCACCGACAUGACGCAAAGCACCACCCUCGACGAAACCAUGUCCCAGGACACGCCGUCUUCCCGGCGCCUCGAGACACCCCGCCGCGACCAAGCAGAAGACCUCGAUCUCACGGAUCUUGCCAUCUCUUCACACAGCACACCGCGUGCUUCAGGACACCACCAGCAACCCGAUGAUGACAUCACAGUCUCCUCGAUGGAGUACUCCUCCUCUUACGAGAACCUCAGACGAGAAGUCUACGAAUCAGAACCCCCGUUCGAACUCCCAGACUCUUCGAAUCUUCCAUCCACACCAGGCCGUCAGUCCUUCUUCCCGCGCGGCGUCUCCGCCACAACACCCAUGUCCUCACCUUUCCUUCCGCCCGCAUCAGCCACCCAAGAUCGUCGCUACCAAAAGACCUCCGACCCAGUGCUCCAUCAAAUGCUCGACAAAACAUACCGAGUACAAGCUACACCGCUGGGUACGGGCUUCCGCAAUGUUGGUGGUGGGACGAACACUCGGUCAAAGUUCAACAUCACCCCGAAACCCGCCGAAUCUUCCUCCAAGUAUAGAUUUGACGACUCCCCUAUCUCAAGCCCAGAACCUGAGGUACCACAAUUCCACUCGGAGGUCUUCUCAUCGCCUAUCAGAGGUGUCAACACUCCGGGCACCAACCGCAAGCGACGGACAAGUAGCAAUCGCAUGCGCGAUAUGCCCAGGCCUGGUAUGAGUGUUUUGACACCUGCCAAGAAGUCUGCAGGCAAGUCAGCUAUGUGGGAUAGUGACGAUGAUCUGGAUUAUGACGAUGAUGAUCUUGGUCCGAGUCCACCCAAGACAAUGCAAUUCCAUAUUCCGCAGAGCCGGCUGAUGAGGACGCCAGCGAGAGAGGCUUCGAAGCGUAUCGUGACUGAUCUACUGGCUACUGCUGGGGCUGGUGAUCUUACAGAGGACCUAGAUGAUGACCAUAGUCCAAGUGUGAUCCGUCGUAUGGAGCGCCUGGAGGAUGAAACCUUCUAA